AUGCUGCUCGAUCUACCCACAGAGCUGAUUCAGAUUAUACUGGGGUAUACAAGCGCCUCGACAUACAUACAGGCAGCCACAUGCUGUAAGUCUUUGUAUGCAAUCGCCUCAGCCUCGCGCAAUCUUAUUCUAGCCCAUCUACAACGAACCCCAGGCGUGAAGCGUGGUGUCGACGUUUGUUCUACACAGGAACUCUUCACGCUGCUGCAAAGACGUGUCGCAGGCUCGCUACUCAACGCAAGCUUCUACGCAGAUCGGACUACUUGUACCUUCAACGGCAAGAAGCAUGACCUUGACGCUUCAUCUAUAGGCCGCAUAGGGAAAUCUGGAGCUCUUGCACUGGUGUUGAAAGAUGACCCACGGAUCCAUCUGGUCUAUGUAGACUCGAAUGGGACUAUAUCCUUUCAACGGUCUCUCGAUUGUUCUCCGCUGGAGCCCGAAGAAUACCCAGGAACGGUUGUCAAGACUGCAUUCGCAAACGAUGAUUCCUUGGCCGUUCUAGUGCGUGGACAAAAGAUUAAAGACAAAAUAGAUAUCGACCAUGUCUUUUCUGACCAAAUGGAGAGGAGCAUCGCGGAUGCUUUUUAUUACUAUUUUUUUCAUAUCCCUUUGACAACCGAUUCUUCUCCCAGUAUGUGCAGGUUAUACGGACGGUACAAUUUCAAACCACAGGCAUUGGCAUGUACAAAAAACCCCACAUUACGAUUUGCUAUAUCGUGGCAGGAUCGCCUCGACGACAUAAACCAUGAGGUCAUAUUCUAUCGCACUUGGGAUGAUGACUCUGAAGUCGUCGAUAAGCAGACUGGCCUCUGUUAUCUUAAAUAUAAAAAGAGAGCAGUGGCCGAUGAGGGUGGCUACCGUCCGUUUCAACCCCAGAGCCGACGAGCCGCUUGGGCCAAAUUUGAACGUCAGCCAUUGUGGAAAUUUGGACCGGUAAAAAGGAUCAAAUUAAAUGAUUGUCAGGCGUUUUAUUCCUACCAAGGCUCCGCGCUGUUUGAUUAUUCCCAAAUUGUCUCUCCUGACGACGGGGGGAUUUCUCUGUCUCCUCACACUGAGGGACUUUCUCGUCCUCUUGAGAACCUCAGCGAGGUGCAGUCAUUCGACAUACCUUUCACCGUGAGUACUCCAUUCUUCAGGAGGCAUGACAUAAAAGAGGAUGGUUGCAAUCACCAGUACCUCUCCUUUGGAACGGCAACCCCCCCGGAUGGACACUGGACAGUGGCAUGCGUAUUGAAAAACCGGGACGAUUUUCAAUAUGUAACCUGUGAAAACAUCUAUGAACCAGAAUGGGAAACAUUGUUUCAACAUUCGUGGGUCCCAGUUGCUCGCCUUUUGGGAUACCAAAAGCCAUCGAUUAACACAAUAGGUUGCAGCCCUGCCACUUCACCACAAGGCACCCGCAUUGCAAUUUCCAAUUGGGAUGUCGUUUAUGUCUGGGCUCUAAAUCCAAUGGGGCUGACUGAAAAUAAUUGGAGAAGUAAUAGUUAUUACCCGAACACCUGGCGAUCCUACUCGUCGUGGUCUCAUGGGCUGGUGGAAUUGCGCCCUGCAGUGUUUCGCUUGGAAGCGGUUUGUUUUAACAUCAUCUUUACUGAGAACGAAGAUAUCAUCAUGGCAUUGACAGAUAAGGGGCUGGUGACAUUGGACUUGAGACCACAGGCACAGCGCCGCCGGCUCACCUUGGAUAUGCACAUUCCUUAA